GUCUUCCGUGUGCGGCCGCAGCUGCCCUGUCCUCGCUGCUUCUGCCACCGUGGGACUGCAUUGCCGGCGUUAGCGGCGCGAGAGGAAAGGAGGGACUGACGGAACCCCGUGUGUUCGCGCGCUGGGGUCCAGGUAGUCCCAGCAGUUCCCCUCGCGUGGUGUGUGGCUGACGAGGGUCAGCAGCAGUCUGGGGAGGCCUUAGACGGCGCCAUGUCGGCGGGCGGCCCAUGCCCGGCAGGAGCCGGAGGGGGCCCAGGGGGCGCCUCCUGCGCUGUUGGGGUCUCUCCCGGCGGGGUAUCCAUGUUCCGGUGGCUGGAGGUGCUGGAGAAGGAGUUCGACAAGGCCUUUGUGGAUGUGGAUCUGCUUCUGGGAGAGAUCGAUCCUGACCAAGCGGACAUCACUUAUGAGGGGCGACAGAAGAUGACCAGCUUGAGCUCCUGCUUCGCGCAGCUUUGCCACAAAGCCCAGACUGUGUCCCAAAUCAAUCACAAGCUAGAGGCACAAUUGGUGGAUCUAAGAUCUGAAUUGACAGAGACCCAAGCAGAGAAAGUUGUAUUGGAGAAAGAAGUGCAUGAUCAGCUUUUACAGUUGCACUCUGUUCAGCUUCAGCUUCAUGCUAAAACUGGUCAAAGUGUUGAUUCUGGUACCAUUAAAGCAAAGCUGUCUGUCCCCUCUAUGGAGGAGCUGGAAAGAGAGCUUGAAGCAAACAAAAAAGAAAAGGUGAAAGAAGCUCAACUUGAAGCUGAAGUGAAAUUAUUGAGAAAAGAGAAUGAGGCCCUUCGUAGACAUAUAGCCGUUCUCCAGGCUGAAGUUUAUGGGGCAAGAUUGGCUGCCAAAUACUUGGAUAAGGAACUGGCAGGAAGGGUCCAACAAAUACAGUUACUAGGACGAGAUAUGAAAGGACCUGCUCAUGAUAAACUGUGGAACCAAUUAGAAGCUGAAAUACAUUUGCAUCGUCACAAAACUGUUAUCAGAGCCUGUAGAGGACGUAAUGACUUGAAACGACCCAUGCAAGCACCACCAGGCCAUGAUCAAGACUCCUUGAAGAAAAGCCAAGGAGUUGGUCCAAUUAGGAAAGUUCUCCUCCUCAAGGAAGAUCAUGAAGGACUUGGCAUUUCAAUUACAGGUGGGAAAGAACAUGGUGUUCCAAUCCUUAUCUCUGAGAUCCAUCCAGGGCAACCUGCUGAUAGAUGUGGAGGGCUACAUGUUGGGGAUGCUAUUUUGGCUGUCAAUGGAGUUAACCUAAGGGACACAAAACAUAAAGAAGCUGUAACUAUACUUUCCCAGCAGAGAGGAGAGAUUGAGUUUGAAGUAGUUUAUGUGGCUCCUGAAGUGGAUUCUGAUGAUGAAAAUGUAGAGUAUGAAGACGAGAGUGGACAUCGUUACCGUUUGUACCUUGAUGAAUUAGAGGGAAGUGGUAAUCCUGGUGCUAGUUGCAAAGAUGCAGGUGGGGAAAUCAAAGUGUUACAAGGAUAUAAUAAGAAGGCAGUAAGUGAUGCACAUGAAAAUGGAGACAUGGGAACUUCAAAUGAAACGCUGCAAGAUGACAGUGCUUCAAAAUUAGAUGAUCUGCACAGUCUGUAUCAUAAAAAAUCUUAUUAAAUUGACUGUAUCUCCAGACAAGAUUGUUAAUCAGACUAUUUUGAAUUUGGGGCACUAGGGAAGAUGGUGACAAAGACUACACAAGAUGAAGGGAGGCUGUUUGUUGCCUAAGGAAAGGCGGGUACCUCAGGGCUUCGUGUGAACAAUUCUAAAUGCAUAAAACUCUGUUUUCUGUGUUAUACCAUAAUUAGCUAUUGCAUGUAAAGCAAUUUUGAUUUUCUUGAAAUUGUAAGCACCAAAGCAUGUGUUUCCCAAAGGGAUUUUACUAGGCUCAUAAGUACCAAAUGAAGUGCUACUAUUUUAUUUGGCUCUUUUCCUGUUUAGUAGAAGGACAAUGUUAACUGGAAUUUUAUUAUAAAAAAAUAGCCUUUAAAUACAAGAGAGUAAAUUAAUUCAUAUUGUACAUUCCAGAAUGUUAACUGUAGUGUUUCAAAGGAGAACUUCACUCAGUGAAUUGAAGAAAUGUAGCCUUGACUUAAGUUUUUUUUUAACCAAAAGAAUGGUUUUAGGGUUUAAAAAUAUAUAUAUUGUGCAUCCUGACGUCUAAAUUAGUUCUUCAUGAUCAUUUAUUAUGAGUUUUCCUUCCAGCUUUUUCAAUGCAGUACAAAGUAGUUUUCUUUAAGCAAUCCUUUAUCAAUCAAUGCUGCACUAGAAAUAGUUUCUGAAAAGUUACUGUACAUUUUACUUUUGGUUUUUAAAAGAAAUGAAAUGAGUGUAAAAUACCUGUUCUCAAUUAUGUUGAUCUGUGUGCAUGGUAUUGGAACAUUACACUAUUAAUGUUUUGUCUUAAAUGUUUAUGGGAUCCAUGAAAGACAGUUUUAUACAUUUUGAGUUGUUCAUAAAAUUUGUCUUGUGAUAGUUCUGGCACUUAAAGAUAAAUUUUUCUGGCAGGAAAGGCUCAAAUUUAUUACUGUGUCUUGAAAUACAUUGCAUUCAAACAACGGUUUUAUCUAAGUACCUGAUUUGCCAAUCAUCCAAAAGUUGGGGGCUAAGGUAGGCAAGAUGAGGUGAAGAGAUUUUAAUACAUUAAUUGAUUUGAUUUUCAUACCAAUAUGUUUUACUAAAGCAAUUUUCAUAUGCAAAAUUGGGAUUUGCUAGUUCUUUUGUCCUAGGAUUAAGCAUAGCUAUGCCUCUUUUAUUAUUUACUAUUCUGCAGGCCACUGUUACCUUCUGGGCAAAAUUGUAUUUAAAAAAGUGUUGGUUUUUGUGAAUGUCAUUGUUUUAAAGGAUAUACACUUAAGGGAAUAUUAAAUGGAAGAAAGCUUACAACGCUUUUAAAAUAUUACCAGUAUCUUUAUUUCUAGUAUUCAGAUGUUGAUAAAACUCAUUUUCUUGUCUUUUCCAAAUGUACUAUAUGUUUGUUGAAAGUUAAAUCUAUAAAAUGUAUAUACUUUAUUUUGUGAUUUUACUAUUUAUAAAUUUAAUGUUGUAACUGUUGCUCGUUUAUGGUUUGUUUGGGGUGGUUAUGUUCAUCUGUAAAUCACCAUGUUAAUUUGUAACUAGAAGUGCACUUCAUAGUGUAUAUUGUUACUGAUAUUAAUAUGCUUUGGUAGCAUUAACAUUGCUUCUGAGCAAAAGUUAGUAUUUAAAUGUACAAAUGAAUAAGCAAGUUACAUAUUAUUGUUUGCUCCGGACAGGCUGGGCCUCUUAAAAGAAAAGGAUUGAUUUUUCUUCAUGCAUUCCCUCUAUGCCAAACCCAUACAUCUAUGCAUGACAUAAGAUCUGCAAACUGGAUUUUAGCCAGUUUAUUCAUUUAGUUAAAAAAAAAAAAUUCUGUGUGGCAGAUCUAAAAGUUUUGCUGUGAGAUGAAACCAUGUUAUUAUUAUCUUCUUAAAACAUGGCCUGGAUGGAACGACCAUGACAUUUUUUCAGAGAAUGUCCUUUUUUUUUUUACAAUGACUGAAUCCAUAGGAAAUGCAAGCUAUAAUCCUUCAAUUUUUAAGAAAUACAUAUCUAAAGAGYUUUUUUUAAAAAAAAAACUUUGGUAGUUUUGCAUAUAAUUUGAAGGAUUGUAUGGCUAUGAUAUAAAUUCUUUUCAAGGGUUGAUAAACAGAAUAAAAAGUUUUCCAAGUAGCUUUAAGAUUUCACAGGUCAGUUUCUUUUUCAUCCUGCUUCAUCAUGGUUUGCAGGCAUACAUGAGGGUACAGCUGUUUAGAUGCUUCUGUGAGCUUCCUCAUAGUGGUCAGAAGGUACCUGGUUGAAAGUUCAUUUUAGAAUAUAUGGUCUUUGUGGGUGAUCUGAGUUUCAGGCUUUCCCCCAAAGGACUGAGUGAGAACCAGUUUUUUGUGUUUACAUUUAUAAAAGGAAACCCAUGCAAUACUAAAGCUUCUGUGACAAAGCCAAAUGGAUAAGAAGGGAUCUGCUACGAAGCCAUCACAGCGGAAAAGUGAAAAGAGAAAACAAAAUACAUGCAUACAAAAACAGUAAUUGAAAAAAAAAAUUGUUCAGUAGAAUAUGAGGGUUAUAUGUGUGUGUGUAUUUAGACUUUUAACCUCUGAAAUUCUCUUCUAUAGUGUCUCUGUUAUGAAUAUGACCAAAACAACAUUUGGAUUAUAGGACUAUUGUUUAGAUUUAAGAUGAUGACAGUUUUGUGGGUCUUGAUAAUUAUAACUAAACAGUUGCCAAAAGUUAAUGCAAUUUGUCCAUGGUGCUGGUUUUUUCUUUACCACAGUAGACCUAUUUUUGUUUCAUAUUUAAAAGCAAGAAAUACAUUGAUUCACAUGUAAGUUGUACAUUAUUUGACAUCUUUAUUAUGGAGUCCAGUAUUCUACCUAUCUAGCCUUUCACUUAGGGUCAGCCUCAAAUCUAUAGGAUUUAUGACAAAUGUGUUAUAUCUAGUUGAGUUAAAUAUUUUUAUUAGCCUGUAAAUAAAGAUAGCAUCUCCUACAUUAAAAUGCUAUUGAUCUCAUUUUUAUUUAUUUAUUUUUUGCAGUGCUGUUGGUCAAACCCAGGACCUUGAGCAUGCUUGAGAAGUGCUUUUUCACUACACCACACCCCCGGCCCUUGACCUCAUUAAAAGAAAAUAAACACUAUAUGUUUCUUUCAAACAAAUAUUUUGGUUUAUUAUUUAUUUUAAGUAGAUUCUGUUAUUUGUACUAGCAUGUCAAAAUCUACACAAAGGCUGAACCUAGUUGGGGUGGUAGAACAAUAUUAGUUUGGAAUAGGAAGAAACUGUUUAAUCUCAGUAGUCAUUUAAUCUGAAUUAAUUAAAAGCAUUUUGGUUGGAAAGAACAAUCUGAGCAACUGUGGGACCAGUUUUCUGCUGAAAGUUAGCAGACAACAAAAACCCUUGUCUUUGGUUUAGUUUUGUGGUAUAAAUAUUGGCAGCUAAUGUUAUUUAUGAGGAUAACAUUGAUAAAAAUUAGAGUAACUUAAUUCUGUCAGUAUUUAAGAGGAUAGUCUUUCAUUUUAGAAUCUAAGUAUACAUAAUUUAGAAGUAUCCAAGUUAUUUCCAAAAUAUUUUUUAGAAAACAUUGAUAAUGGAUAUAAAUCAUAUUUUAGAAAAUGUGUUGAAUUUAUUAUGUACAUUUAGAAAUAUUUGCUCUUUUGUUAUCAACAAAUUUGAUUUCAUUCUAAAACUUAUAUGUUUUCUGUGUGUUGGCUUAAGCUUCCAAUUCCUGUUGUUUGGAAAAGAAGUCUGUGUCCAGAACUCAUUCUCAUGGGAUAUUGUGCAGUUUAUAAGAUUUAAAAGAUGAUUUGCAGUUUCAUUGUUAAUCAGUGUUCUAUAUUAAGGGUUUAUAACUAACUUUACAAAAAGAAAACUUAAGUACUGCAAAUUACUAUGUGCUACUGGUGCUAAAUAUUUUGUUUGAUAAUAAAUCUUUUCCAGGUGUAUUUUGAGAGCCAUACCCACCAUGGCGGCAGCCAUGAGAUUGCAUCUGUCGUAUCUCCAGCAGGAGAGAGCAUAGCUGUCUACAGACUCAGCUUCCUUGCUCUGAAACUGUCCCUGUGUUCAGGCUGAGGCUAUCAUUCUUCAUGCUGCUGCCAGCCAAUGACUGAUCAUCACAGGGAUACUAUGUCUCCUGGAUGUUCACUGGAGGACUCCCUGAAAGUCUGGCCAAACUCCCUUAAGUAUUACAUUGUAGUCUAAAUUGCUUUCAAACAACCUUCCCUCUUUAUUCACCUGCAUUAUGGUCUGGUUGUCUCCAAGCGCCCUACCUGUUUUUCCUCACCAGAAU